AAACGAUUAGUGAAAAGAUCGAAAGGUCCAGCAUAGUAGCAAAAUCAAGACUCAGCUUACACUUUACGCCAAAGUGCUGCGCAUUAAAGAUACAUGCUAUUCGGAGAAGAAAAGGUAGGCCGGAAUUAACCACAGGAACUGAUAUUAUAUUAUUGUAAUAAAAAUAAUAUAUUUAUAACUUUUCCUUGUUAUUAAAUAAAUAUAAUUAAAAAAAUAUAUAAUUAAUUAUUAUAUCAAGUCCUUUAUUUCUUUAUUUAAAUUAUGAAGAAUAAAUCAAUUAAUGACUCAAAUUGAAUUAGAAUUUAUAUUAUUAUAUGAGGUUAGUUAUACAUUGGCCAAUUCCGAUCUGUCUUUUUCUCCUACGAAGAGCAUGUAAGUUGGCACGUGAUGCGGUGAAAAUGCAUCAAGCGGCCGCAUAACCGCUUGAACCUCGAUGUUGACUUUCUACUUAUUUUCUAAGCAAAUAUCGGUCACGUCAACACUCCAUAAAAUGAAGCGCAUCAGUCAAUUACCCCUGGUGAAUGGCCUGAAUGGCCUACGAGUAUACCAAUGUCGAACCGUAGUUCCACUGAGCCAAAGAUGUAUACACACAACGCCACCAUCGCCCGCAACAGUUGCACCUGCCGCAUUCACGGCAUCUGGGCCACCGCCAGCUGCACCAACUCCUAGCGCUGAGCAAGUUGAUAUCCGGGUCGCUAGGAAGAGGAAGCAAGCAGAGUUACUCAAAAGGGGUCAAGAUAUGAGAGCUGUGGCUAGUGGGAAAGGUGGUGGAACGGCGAAAAUGAAGAGGUUCUGGAAGGAUGUGAAUAUACAACAUACGGAAGGUAAUAUUUGUUGAUUUUCUAUUUUACAUUGAGAAACAAGUUCACUAAUCAGUGUUGCAAUAUCAGAGGGAUUGCAGAUUUUCCUCGACAAACGAGCCCUUCGACGACCUUCUAAAGAAAUUCUCACAAUACCACAUCAUAAGCCACAUUUAGCAUCUGCGAUUGCUCUCGAAUGGGAUCUCCUCGUAUCAGCACAACAAGCUUUGAAAACCCAUCUUAUCCCAAUGACAUCUCUCAUGAAUCGCGCUCUCGACAUAAUAGAUGAAGAAAAAGAGGGGAAUAAUACGAUAAGAGAUAACAUUGUCACAACUGUGAUGCGAUAUCUCGAUACAGAUUCCCUUUUAUGUUGGGCACCUGAAGCACCUGAAGAUCCACCAGGAUAUGAAAGUCAUGUCGAUAGAGUCGAAAGUCUACGAAGUAUCCAGGGGAGGUCUGCGGAACCUAUAAUCCAAUUCUUGUCCGAGAAGGUUUGGCCUGGGGUGGAACUUAUCCCGGUUUUGGACACGGAUAGUAUUGUACCUAAGAGUCAACCACAAAUGACCAAGGAUAUAAUAAGAGGAUGGGUCUCUGGGUUACUCCCUUUUGAGCUUGCAGGAUUGGAAAGGGGUGUAUUGGCUGGAAAAGGCUUACUUGGAGCUGCACGACUAGUGGUUGAAUGGAGUACUGAAUUUACCCAUUUACGGGAUGAGACUGCUGAAAAGACAUUCGGCAUAGAAGAGGCGGCCAAAGCUGCAAGCUUGGAAGUGGAUUGGCAAAUUGGUAUGUGGGGAGCUGUUGAAGAUACACAUGAUGUUGAGAGAGAAGAUAUCAGGAGGCAAUUGGGCAGUGUAGUAUUACUUGUAUCUGGGGAAAGGAAAUAGGUAACCUGUACCUUGGUCUUCAAAGGCAAUAUAAACCAUGUUACUGAUCGAAUUAUGAUCAAGUAAAGAUUCAAAGUUCAACCUCGCACUUAUAUGAACUGAUCAUAUGAAAGAAGUGACCCUUCCCGCAGGGCUUCAGUACAGUUAUAAAUGAAUACCUGGGCGGCUAGCUCUUGUAAUUGAUCCUCCUACAGCAGAACCUUCUUGAUUCUUCAUGUUGAUGCCAUUGUUCAUUACAGGUGACUGACAAACAGACAUGAUUUGUAUCAGCACUCAACCAUCGGAUCUUAACCUUGCAUUUCUCCAAUCUUGAGCAAAUUCCGCAUCUCAAUGGCUAAAAAUUCGAGAACAUGGUACUUAUUCUCUUAUAAAUUCAAACCUGGAUAGAUCAUUCAAAUUGGCAUGAUAAA